AUGACUAUAACUAUACGAAAACCUCCAAGUAUUAAAGAUGAUGAUACUAUUAUGGUUGUUGUGCUUACUAAUCAUGUAGAUCAAGAUACAUCAAGUAAAUCUAUAAGCAUUGCUGAAAAAAUAGCCGCAAGAGUUGAUGCAGGUACUAAAAAGAAAGAUUCGCUAUCUGUGAGCCAAACUUCAACCAUCAUUGAACCUCCU